AUGGAGGCGGCCGCCAAGUCUAUCAAGAGUCUAGUCAGCGUCUUGCCCGACCGCCCCCAUCAGCUCUCCAUCUCCCCCGAUACGCGAUACCACCUGCAGCCCAACGACACGCGCCUCGAGGAGGAUGUCAUCCGGCCCCUGCAGUACAUGACUUAUCUCUUCGACGUCGACAGAGGCCUUCUGCUUACAAGAGCCUACUCCGAUAUCCGCGCCGAAGAAAGCCAUGCGCCCAAACCCGCAAAACCACCUCCAGACCCAAACAAGCCCAGAACAAAGGUAUCUCUAUCCGAUUAUAAGAAGAAGAAGCAGGAUAUCGACAGCAACGCAUCGACGCCGUCCUCGAAACCCGCCCCCGCCCCCACAACCAGGCCCAUCGAAAAGGAACGAAUACCGUCCAUUAAGAAGGAACGGUCGCCCUCGGUGGACAACAUGCUUAAACAAGCUACUCUGAAGAGAGCGCAUCCCAGCUUACCUCCGAAGCCUGAUGUGCGCCGCCCGGGCGCGGAGCCGUCUCCUGAGAGGAAGAAGCGCCCUUCGGAUAUGAGCGAUGAUCGAGCAGUCAAGCGCACCAAGCUUGAGAGCACACCAACCCACAACCUCUCCCGCGGAGGCUCAAAGUCGGAUACUCCAAGCCGGUCUAGCGAUAGGUCAGGUGCUAACCUUGAUAAGAAGCUGUCUAGAGAGCUCAAGCCAUCCCCUAUGCCCCCCGCCAAUGCGAGGAGUAGUCAAGUCAACGGCUCUUCUCAGAAGUCUGUCGCCAGUAAAGACAACACUACGAAGAAGGAAAAGACGAAUUCCGGCCCAAAAGAGCUCAAGUCCAUACCUAUGCUGUCCCCCCUAGGUCCGGAGCUUGGUUCGAGAAUCCCAGGAUACGAGCAGAGUCCCCAGAUUAGAGCAGCAGACAAAGAUGUGAAACCGCAGUCCAAGAGGCAACAGGAAGAGCUUGAGGCACCAACACCAAAAAGAAGGAGCGAUCUACCGCCGCUGUUAUCUCCUACACUUCCCCCGGUAGUGAGAGAGGCUCAAGCAAUGGCGGAAAGGAAAUUGAACCCCCCCAAGGAUUCGACCCAAAGGACCACUCUAUUAUCUAAUGCUUCGGGCACCGCCAAGAAGGCGCCUAUGAAGUCGAUCAGGGAGGAAAGCAUCCACGUUGAAACCAAGAAAGAAAGGAAGGAGGAGCAAGCUACCAAGAUUGUAAAGCUGAAAUACCCGAAAAGGAUUGCUAAGACCGUUUCUCGGCUACUGGCUCUGGCCCCCAAGAAAAAGACCGAAACCUCGAGAAGGGAUCAUCUCGAACCCCCAAGGAGAGAUGAUCGCACAGGCCGAGAGCGAUCCGAUAGCUUGGAGCCGCCGUCGACGGCGACUGCCCGAAAGCGUCCCCGCACGGCUACCGACGCAAGCGAACAGCCAUCUGCAAUCAAGCGCCCCAGGACUUCUGACAUUGCUCAGCCAUCUACCCCGGCUAGGCAUCCCACGACCAUGCAGCGUGUCGCCUCCAGUAGCUCUCAAGCUGGGACACCCGGUGCCGCUAAUAAUCUCACACCAGCGGCUCCCGUCCCGGACCGUCGAUCAGCUUCGGUGGAUCCAGAGAGAGCCAACCGCCUGAGGCAACAGCAUAGUACUUUGACAGCGCUCGGAACAAAGCUGAAGCAUCAAAGAGAUCGUAUCAUCAAGCCAAGGGAUGGUGGCGGUCCGCUCAAUUCUACGGCGCGUGAGCGCAACGCUGUCAUGGCUACUGCCUUGCAAUCUCUUGUGGCAUAUCUGGCAGGCUUCAAGGCGAUGGACGAUAUGCGGGAUGCUGAGCGUAAGGUGCGAGAUCCCAAUAUCUGGAAGAGCAUGAUGCCCUUGUUGAGAGCAUACAGGACCGAUUGUAGCAACUCCAAUCAGCUCAUGGCCCUUUUCUUACGCUUGCAUUGCAUCACUCUGUUGUGUUAUUGCCGAAGUCUGCUGUCCAUGGGUCCGGACAACGCCAUGAAUGCACGUGAGCUCUUUCAAGCCACGCGAGAUCAAGAACAGAUGUGGAAGAUUGCAGGCGAUGCUAGGAAACGUCUUGAAGACAACCAGAGCGGAGACGACGGUGGCCCAGUGGCAAGGCUCAUCGACCGGCUGGGUCCAUGGUCAAGUGUCGAGGACGUGGUCAGCAUCACGCUUAAGAUCUUGCGUAAGGUUAUGCGUCUCGAUGAUGAGAAAUUUACGCCUGAACCUGAGCUCGUUCAAGCUUGCGAGCCAACGACUAACGGUUUAUGA